GAACCGGGUCGCAUUCGUGACGCAAAGAUUGGCGCGAUAAGUGAUAAUGUAUGUCGUCGUUAAUGAUAUCAGUGAAAUAUAUUGAGAAAGUACCAGUCAUUUCUUUUGCAUGAAUAUUUUCAAAUUUUAAUGUUAAAUGAUAUUUAAAGAAAAUCAAUAGUGCUUCAUCCCUAUGGAGGAUAGGUCAUUGUGUCGUUGACGAUGAGAAAGCCGGUGUGUGUUCAUUGAUUUUUACCUUGAGGGGGGUGUUUUAACGUCCGCCCGUGUGUCAAAUGAUCUAUAUAAAUGAGAAACGUCACAAACGGGGUGCAAAAAAUUGAAAGAUAGUGACAAAAAUAAAAUUAAAAUUUUCUUUAUUUUUUACGAAUCACAAAUAUUAAAUGGAAAUAUUUGAUAUUGUAAAUCAAGUGUAUGUGUAUAUUAUUUGUUUCGACAUGUUUGCGUGUAUUUCUCGAAAUGAGUUAUGUAUUAGCCAUCAGAGUAAACACUGACAAUUAAGUGAAUCGGUAGUCUCUCAACAAUAACCUCAACAUUAUUGAAACAUAAAUAAACAUCAGUGGUGAUAUAAUAAAAAGUGAUUGAAAAAAAGUGUGAAUGACCUGUGAAUUAUUGAAGUUAUAAUAUGAUGAGUCCUAAGGAACUCGAGCGAGUUGAAUUAGGAUUUAAUAUGAUGAAGAUUCUGUGAAGGAGGAAGGAUUAUGGAGUUCGAGUUGGAUGGCAGCCUCAAGGAGUGGGCCAAGGACAAGCCCCUCAGCAUCCUCCAGCUGGAUCCUGCAGAUAGGGCUGUUCUCCGGAUUGCCGAUGAACGUGAUGCCAUACAGAAAAAGACGUUUACAAAAUGGGUCAACAAGCACUUGAAAAAGCACUGGAAAUACGUCAAGGCAUACACGUGUCUACACGUGUGCGUGGUUGUCAACAAUCAGCCAUGCUGUUCUCCCACUGCAAGCAGACAUGUUGGGGACCUAUUCGAGGACCUGCGGGACGGGCACAACCUCAUUUCCCUGCUGGAAGUACUCUCAGGCGAGCAUCUUCCACGGGAAAGGGGUCGAAUGCGUUUCCACAUGCUGCAAAAUGUGCAAAUGGCACUUGACUUUCUUCGAUACAAGAAAAUCAAGUUGGUUAAUAUUCGAGCCGAGGACAUUGUCGAUGGCAAUCCAAAGCUGACGCUGGGUUUGAUCUGGACCAUCAUCCUUCACUUCCAAAUUUCUGAUAUAGUUGUGGGCCAAGAGCCGAAUGUAACAGCACGAGAAGCAUUAUUGAGAUGGGCGAGACGUUCAACGGCAAGAUAUCCAGGAGUUCGUGUAUCAGACUUUACAAGCUCCUGGAGAGAUGGUUUGGCAUUCAGUGCUCUUGUUCAUCGAAACCGUCCCGAUUUGGUCGAUUGGAGGACCGCACGAUCAUGGCAAGUUCGCGAACGACUCGAGAGGGUCUUUUAUGUUGCCGAGCGCGAGUAUGGCGUUACAAGACUACUCGAUCCGGAAGAUGUCGAUACCCCCGAACCGGACGAGAAGUCAUUAAUAACGUACAUCUCAUCGCUUUAUGACGUAUUCCCUGAGCCACCAUCAAUUCAUCCACUUUAUGAUGCUGAGGCACAGAGACGUUCAGCGGAAUAUCGUGAACUUGCAAGUUCUCUUCAUUGUUGGAUAAGAGAGAAUAUGGCCCUAAUGCAAGAGAGAUCCUUCCCACCAACAUUAAUUGAAAUGAAAAAACUCGCAGCCGAUAGUGCCAAGUUUAAAAAUGACGAGGUACCACCACGUUAUCGUGAUAAACAACGAUUGACACACAUCUUCAGAGAUUUACAAAAAUAUUUUGAAGCUGUUGGUGAAAUCGAUAUGGAACAAGAAUUACACAUUGAUAUUAUGGACAAAAAUUGGAAUCGGCUUAUUAUGCUUCAUCAGGAGCGCGACCAAGCGAUUCACGACGAAAUUAAACGCCUCGAACGACUACAACGACUCGCUGAAAAAGUUCAUCGAGAGAUGAAAUCGACCGACAAUCGUUUGGAAGAGCUGGAGAGACGCGUGGAGGAUGAGUCUCGACGAUUGGAUCGUUUACAUCCAUUAGAAGCGAAACAUUCAGUUGAUUUACUUGAACAAGAUAUUCGCAAUACCGAGAUUCAAAUUCAAAAUAUUUUCACUGACGUGCACACUCUUACGGAAGGCAGGUACAGCCAAGCUCCCGAGCUUCACAAAAGAGUACAAAAAUUACAUCAACGUUGGGUGGCGCUUCGUUCACUCCUUCAUAAACGAUUAAUACAGCCUCUCUCCUCUGUUUCCUUCCCUGUCGAAGAACAACGCGUAGUAACAAAACUUCGCACAACCGUCCAUGAAACACGAUUGGUCGACACCAAUCCACUAUUUCGCGCCGUUCACGAUUGCAUUGAAUGGUGUAAAAAUAAACUCAAACAAUUACAAGAAGCUGAAUAUGGCUCUGAUUUGCCUGGUGUUCAAACUGAGCUUGAUAUACAUCAACGUGAACACAAAAAUAUUGAACAAUUUCAUUCAAAAGUUGAAAAAUGCAUUCAAGUCAGAACUAAUUUUCAGGGCGAGGAACUUACGCUUUAUAGUCAACAACUUAGUAUUUUGCAGAAACUUUAUGCCGAACUAUUGGCAAUUUCAAAUAAACGACUAUCCGAUUUGGAUACACUACAUGAUUUCAUUCAAUCGGCAACUGGUGAACUUGUUUGGUUAAAUACCAAAGAAGAGACAGAAGUCACACGCGAUUGGAGUGAGAAAAAUUUGAAUAUACAGAGCAUUGAACUGUACUACGAGCAAACAUACGGAUCAGGAAUUGAGUCGUUGAUGAGCGACCUUGAGAAACGAGAGAUUCAAUUCUCGGCAGUUCAAGAUCGUGGUGAGGCUCUACUUUUGCAACAUCAUCCAGCAGCAAAGACAAUUGAGGCAUACAUGUCGGCAAUGCAAACGCAAUGGGCAUGGCUUUUACAAUUGACAUUAUGCCUUGAAGUUCAUCUUAAACAUGCAUCGCAGAGUCAACUAUUUUUCAAGGAAAUACAACAAGCCGAACAGUGGAUUUCAAAGAAGGACGAUAUUCUCAAUACUGUUUAUUCACAGUCAGAUUUCUCGCUUGACGAGGGUGAACGACUACUCAAAGGAAUGCAAGAGUUGCGCGAGGAAUUGAACAAUUAUGGUGAUCAUGUUCAACGACUUGUUGAUCAGGCAAAGGAUAUUGUGCCAAUGAAACAACGACGACAACCAGUCACAAGACCUCUUCAAGUCACCUGUAUUUGUACCUACAAACAAGUUAAUAUGUCAAUCGACAAGGGAGAGCAGUGCACUCUCUAUGACAAUUCAGGUCGUGUAAAAUGGCGUGUAAAAAAUUCACAAGGUGUCGAAUCACCCGUACCAGGAGUGUGCUUCGCUCUUCAACCACCAGACAAGGAUGCUCUUGACGCUGCCGAACGUUUACGACGACAAUACGAUCGUAGUGUCGCACUCUGGCAACGUAAACAAUUGCGUCUACGACAAAAUAUGAUAUUUGCCACAAUCAAAGUGGUCAAGAGUUGGGAUCUACCACAAUUUUUGGCAAUGGGUCAAGAUCAAAGAACAGCCAUUAGAAAGGCAUUGAAUGAAGAUGCGGACAAAUUAUUGUCCGAAGGCGAUCCAGCUGAUCCACAGCUUCGUCGUUUGAAACGCGAAAUGGCCGAGGUGAAUCGUCUUUUUGAUGAAUUUGAAAAACGUGCACGCGCCGAAGAGGAAUCAAAGAAUGCUGGACGUAUUUUUAACGAUCAAGUAUCAGCGCUUCAACAAAAACUCGAUGAUGCCGAGCGUGUAUUGAAUUUACGUAUUGCCUCAUCGUUGCCACGCGAUCUUGAUAGUCUCGAGCAUAUGGUACUUGAGCAUAAAGAUUUUGAGAAUACACUACAACGUCUUGAACCCGAUAUUGAACAAGUGCAACAAACAUUCCGUGGUAUAACACUAAAAACACCGGCAAUGAGAAAUAAACUUGACAAUGUCAUGACAAAAUGGACACAUCUUUGGAAUUUGAGUAAUCUCUAUAUUGAACGUAUGAAAUGUGUUGAAAUUGUACUUUCUGGCUUAGAGGAUAAUACAGCGGUGAUAUCAGAAUUUGAAUUAAAAUUGGCAUCUUAUGGUGAAUUACCAGCUGAUUUGAAGGGUUUACAAAUUGUUCUCGAUGAUUUAAUGACAUUGCAAACGGCAAUAUCACAACAACAAUUAAGUAUGGAUCAAUUGAAUGACGAUGCACACAAUGCACGACGUCUUGUUGAAAAAUCACGACCAAAUCAUCGUGGACCACAUGGCGAUAUGGAUCGAUUAGAUACGGAAGUUAAUCGAUUAAAUUCACGAUGGGCCAAUAUUUGUGGACAAUUGGUUGAUCGUUUGCGAAGCGCUGAAACUGCCUAUGGACUCGCUCAACAAUAUCAAAAUGCCUAUCAAAAUGAAGUUGAUUUUGUUGAUGAUGGUUACAGUCGACUCGAGUGCAAGUCUGGAGAAUUGGAGGUAUUGCUGCAAAAAGUAACCGAACGUGGUCCAGCGAUCGAGUGCGUGAAUUUGACAGGAGGACGAUUGAUUCGCGAGGGCAAGAUUUAUGGCCAGCGACUCAGGGCAUUCAAGGAACAAUUGGAGGAAGUUUGUCCAUCGCUCGACGCAUCCGUCAAAAGGCCACGAAAGGAAUUUGAAUCGACAGUGGACAAUAUUGCACGUGAUCUUGAUACACUCAACAGGAGAUAUACAACUCUCGUCGGUCUUCUUCAAGAUCGCGUGCGCAAAUCAGGAUCAUCAUCACUCGACGAUGCCUCGCUUCAGCGUGCUCUUCAAGAACAACGACCGUUGAGAACUUUUAGAACUGAAUUUAAUAUUUAUGAGAGUACAACGAGCGAGGAACGAUUUACAUCUACGACAACACAUUUCACCGAAUCGCAAUACGAGCGUCAUGAAUCAACAGCAACGACGUAUUCGAGUGAGUAUCAACAUGUAUCAUCGAGGGAAUCAUCGUCGCCUCUCAAAAGGCCCUACGAUCGUACAAAUGGCGAGACACUCAAAUCAUCGUCAUCGCCAAAUGAAGUCGAUUCAUCGCGAGCUAAUUGUUCAAAUAGUAGUAUGCAAUUUAGUGAGAUUAGAAGUCUCAAAAAAAUUCACAAAUCAGAAGAGAAUAGCGAAAAUUUUAUGGAAAUAAGAGGUAUCGUUCAUCCUGUAACAAAGGAAAUAAUUUCAGUUGGCGAGGCAAUAAGCCUUCGUAUUUUAGACGUUAGAAAUGGUCGUAUUGCAACAUCCGCCGAUGGUAAGACAAGUGUCACCAUCAAGGAGGCUGCUAAUGCUAAAUUAAUCGAUGAUGAUCUCGCAAAACGUUUAUUAGGACCGUGCGGUAUUACAGAGGAUGGUCGUCGUAUUUCACUUCUCGAGGCAAUACAGAGGGAAAUUUUUGACGCCGAAAGAGGAGACGAUCGUGUUAAGGUAACUUAUUUAUCAACAGGUGGAAUUAGCGUAGCUGAUGCGAUGAAAGAGGGUUUAUUGGAUCCCGAAACGGGACAAUUUAUAAUUGCGAGUGGUGAAAAAAUUCCCAUUGAUGAGGCAUAUUCACGUGGUUAUUUGACGCGUUUAAGUACAAGUGUGAAUAUUAGACAGAAUUCAAUUUCGUUUGCCGAUGCAAUUUCACAGGGUUUAGUUGACGAUAGACUGGGACGUAUUAUUGAUAGAAAUACUGGUGAUUCACAUUUUCUUGACGAGGCAAUUGCCAUGGGAUUAAUUGAUUCGGAAAUACGUGAAGUUGUAGAUACUCGAACUGAUACGAAAAUUACUGUUGCACAAGCUUUGGAUCAAGGUAUACUUAAUGCGAAAUCGGGUAAAUAUUUAGAUGAAAAAUCAAUGGAAAAAUUGUCUUUUAAAGAAGCGCGACGACGACAAUUUAUUAUUAAACCAUUGACAUUGAAGGAUUGUUGUGAUAUUGAGAUUUUUGAUCGUGAGAGUGGAAAAAUUGCGAGUCCGGCACGUCAAACAAAAUUAGGAAUUUUAGAAGCAAUUUCCCGUGGUGUUUUAGAUUCCGAUCGUAUUAAAUCGGUGACCGAUACAAAAAAUGAUUUGAAACUUACACUUUCUGACGCUUUGGCAAGUGGAAUUAUUCUUCCGGAGGGUAAAUACCGUGAUGGUAAAACAGAACAAGUGCUUUCGAUUCCUGACGCUGUCGAUAGGGGGCUAAUAACAUCGGUUGCGCAAAAAUCAAUAUUUGAUAUUGAAGGUUUUAUGGAUCCGGUAUCUGGGGAAUGGAUCAGUUUAAACGCCGCCUUAUUGAAAGGAUUAGUUAGUCCAAAAGCCGGUGGUUCAUUUGUAACUGAUUUAAAAAGUGGAAAGACAUUGUCGUUGAACGAAGCAAUGAACGAGGGACACGCUCGACCUGAAGUUAUGGAAAUGUUAAAUCGAGGAAUUGGUAUUACGGAGAAUGGUCGCGAAAUAAGUGUGAUAGAGGCAGUUUUACUUGAGCUGCUUGAUCCAAAAACUGGUCAAUUACUCGAUCCACGAAGUAAAAAAAUUGUGCCUUUAAAAGAAGCGAUUAGACGCGGUCUAAUCACGCCAGAUGGAGCUGCCUUACUUGCUAGUUUGUUGAAUAUUACCGUCACUUCACAAACAAUGACGAAAACAAUUAAAAAAUAUGUUACAAUUACCGAAUCUGGUGAGACAAUUACGAGGGAUUAUAAAAUUGCGUUUUCAGAAGCCCUGGCUAGGAAUUUGAUAAAUCAAGAAACUAGUGAAUUUCGUGAUCCUGACACUGGGCGAGUGAUGAGUAUUCAAGAUGCAAUUAGAGAAAGUUUACUAGGUGACGUUGCAGAUAGUGCAUGCUCGUCAAAAAGAAUGAAGGAACCAAAACAAAUGAUGUUUGAAACGACAGUGAUUCGUGAUAUUGGCAGUGAUUUAUCACCAAAGGCCAUUGGAACGACUACAACUAUCAUCACCAGAGAUGUUAUUUCCCCAAAUCGCGAUUCUCCACUGUCUAUAAUUUCGGAGACGUCACUUUCGAUUUCACCUUCUGAUUCAGUUGGACAAACAUUAAAGACCAAUACUGUUUUGGAAUUCAGGGAAAGUUCACCUACAAAAGAAUGUCCCGAAGUAAUGGAAACUGAAAUAUCAAAUAAGAAAGCUGAAGAGAUCGAUAGAAGAAUUUUCGAAUUACCACCUGGUGGUUGGAUGCUAGCUGAAGUAAUUGAGAGAAAACUUUUGGAUCCUGAAACUGGUAUGUGUAUGAUCCCAGGCACAGAUCGAUUGGUUCCAUUUGAGGAGUGUGUGAAAUUAAGAAUUAUCAAUCCUAAUUCUGCCAUUGUUAUUGAUCCCAACGAUAGGGGAAAUAUAUCUCUUCUAAAAAGUCUCGAGCAAGGAAUUCUAGAUUCAACAGGUCACUAUUGUCAUCCGGUGAAAAUAACACUUAAAGAAGCCAUUGUUCGAGGUCGCGUGAUACUUGAGAAUAAAAUCAUAGAAGUGGAAUGUUCCUCUCCGAGAUUAUUGCAAAUCACUAAAAUCACGGGUGAACCGGAUAAAGUGGAAAUUUCGACAAUUGAUGAUCCCACAAAAAGUGCAGUUGUUAACGUUUCAGAGGAACAAAAUCUCCUAGAUCCCGUGCAAGUAAAACCGGGUGUAAUAUACGAUCCCUCAACAGCUCUGGUGAUUUUCACCGAAUCGGGAAAAUCAGCCGAUAUUUUAACUGCAAUUAACGAUGGUGCUUUGCAACCCGAAGUUGUUGUUAUCAAAGAUCCGCGAACUGGUAAGGAAAUUCCCGUGAAAGAUGCAAUUAGACAAGGAAUUUUGGAUACCGAUCAAGGAAAGUAUAAAGACAAAAAUGGAAAAGGAAUGACACUCGCUGACGCUACGAAAUUGGGUCUUGUUGCUGUUUUAGGAGCUCCACUCGUAGCGGCAGCAGCGGCUGUCGAAGCUGUCAAGAGAGCCAUGAUUGAAGAUCCACGAACCGGUGAGAAAAUUCCUCGCGAAGUUGCCAUUGAACGAGGUCUUGUUAAACCUGAUAAAACUCCUAAAGAAGAAAUGAUUUCCGAAGAGGAAUCGGGUCUUUCUCUGAGUGAAAAAACAAGAUCGCGAGUGACAACUGAACCAAAGUUCAAAGUCACAAUUGGCAGAGCGAGAUCUCUGUCUCAAAGUCCAGAGCGUGAGGCAAAACCAAUUGUCCUGCAAAAGAUGAGAAAGAAAAUUAUCAGACCGAAAGAAGCUCUAGAAUCCGGAUUGAUGGACAGGGAAACGGCAAAAGUACUGGAGACAAAACUCUCAGGCGAUGAUGGAGAACCGCUCACAUUACUGGAAGCUAUCAAAGGUAACAAAAUUGAUGCAAAUCGGGGAAAGAUUGUCGAUCCUCAAACGGGAGAGGGUUUAACGAUAAAGGAAGCUUUUCAACGUGGAAUUUUAGAUCCAGAGAGCGCCGAUAUGUUUGUUCCAGUGGCUAAAAGUAUUUCAAUUCCCGAUUUAUAUAAACAAGGUCUUAUCGAUCCCAAGGGUGAGAUAAUUCAUCCAGAAACAGGAAUGACCCUUAAAUUGAAUGACGCUAUAGUUUGCGAAAUUUUGGAUCCCAAUUCAAAACUUACCGAUCCAAAUGGACAGAAAUUAACAGUUGAAAGUGCCAUCGUUAAUAAUGUGAUUGAUACCUUGAGAUCGGUGGUGAAAACCGAAAAUGGCGAUAUGUCGUUAAUUAAAGCCGUUGAAGCUGAAGUAUUCGAUCCAAAUGAUUCGAGGAAUUUGUCAGAAAUUCCACCAGUUGGUAUGACAUUCCCUGUUGCUUUGAAUCGCGGCCUCAUUGACGCGAAGAGCAAAGAAAUCAUUCAUCCAAUAACCGGUGAUCGUUUACCAAUUGAGGAGGCAAUUAAUACAGAUUUUAUAAUGACAGUACCGUAUCCAUCAACAGCUGACAGUACUGAAGUGACAAAAGCCCUUGAUUCGUGUCUCAUUGAUCAAACUAAAGGAAUAUUUCAACAUCCAAAGACUGGGGAACAAAUUCCCAUUACCGAGGCAGUUGAAUCCGGUCUUUUAGUUAUUAAACCACAAUCCGAAAAUAUAGGAACAAUAAAAGCAGUCACUGAAACAAUUACAUCGUAUCAUACAAUGACAUCUGAAACUGUUCAACUGGCGAAAGGUUUUGCUCUUGUUAGUCCUACCGAAGUGCAAGAUAUAAAUACUGGAAAAAUUCUUCCAUUAGACGAGGCCAAGAGGAAAGGAAUCGUUCGCGAUGAUUCAAAAUCGAAAUCAGAAGAAGAAGAAGCAGAAGAGAAUGUGACAUUUAGUGAAGCGCUUGAACAAGGUUUAGUAAAUCUAGAAACGGGUACAUUCACCGAUCCUGAUUCUGGCAAAAUGAUGCCAAUUUCAAAAGCCAUUGAAACUGGUAUUCUGGAUACUUCGUUACCGACCGAGAAAAUGGAAAUAGAGAAAGGUCCCUUGACGGUUCUAGAGGCGUUUGAAAAAAUCUACGAUGAGGAAGCGGAAAAGUUUCACGAUCCAGUCACUAAGAAAGAGUAUAAUCUGUCCGAAGCGAUUCAAGUCGGUCUUAUCGAGCCAGAUUCGGUGGUUUACGAUGUAAAAUCCGCCAAGGCUGUUACCACCAAAGAGGCAAUAGAAAAAGGUUUACUCGAUUCAAAAACCGGAAAAUUGAAAUUCGCCAGCGGAAAUUCGAUGUCUGUGGCCGAUGCUGCAAAAUUGGGUUUGUUGGCAGUUGUUGCUGCUCCGAUUUUAGCUGGUAAAGCAGUGAUCGAUGCUGUCAAGAGUAAAAAUACCGAAAAGGGAAUAAAAGACGCCAAACGAAAAGAUCCAGUCGAUAAGGAAGAUUCCAGACUAUUAGUGUUGGGUAAGAAAGAUUCCAAUAAUACUGUCGAUAAAGAAGUACUUCAGCCAAGAAAAGCGUCUUCUGAGGAAGAAACUGAUGCAAUGGACGAACCUUUAGACUCGACGAUAGUCACAACAGUUCAAGAAGCCAUUGAAAAUGAACGAAUUGAUCCAAGAACGUGUCGCAUUUUCAUACGAGGUAAAGAAUUACCUCACACAAUUCAUCAAGGUCUUGAACAACACGAAAUUAAUUUAACAGACACUAUAGAAAUUUUCUCCAAGACAAAAGUUGAAUUAUUAGACGAUAAAAGAUUGAGAAUUCACAUUUAUCCCGAUCUAACAGCAGAAAAUCUCGCCGAAAUGGGUGCAUUUAAUUUGGAAGCCGAUAGAUUCGCUGAUCCAGUCACUGGAAAUUUGGUAUCGUUCAAUGAAUUUGUAUUGGCUUUGGAAAUAUUCGAUCCGGAUAAUGUGUUGGUUCGCGAUAUAACCACAAAAACGGAGAAAUUUGUCUCACUUCGAAAAGCAAUUGAAAGACCAUUGGUGGAUCGAAAUGUUGGCUACAUGGUAGAUCCAAAGAGUGGGAAAAAAAUCCCUUUCUUCGAGGCUAUUAAACGUGGUUGGAUUGUGGAAAAUCCAGUGGAAUUUAACGAGGAACAACCACUAUUGUCACUGGAGGAGAUUAUAGAAAGUGGUGCUUGUAAUUUAAUAACUGGUGAGGUUCAGGAUAUUUCCGGACAGACGAUAUCAUUGGCAAGUGCUAUUAGAAAUGAUCUCAUUGAUCCCGAUUCGGUGAGUAUUCGGAAUCCUGUAACUGACGAAAUAAUGCCACUUUCAGAGGCGAUUGACGCUGGAAUUGUGAAUUUGUCGAAAGAAACUAUUGUGAAUGUAGAGACAAAAGCGGAAAUUGAUAUGAAGGAAGCAAUGUCAAUGGGUUUGAUGGUGCCGAGAUUGAGAAAACCCAUCUCUUUGGAAGCGGUGAUAAAUCGCGGUUUAUACGAACCGGAAACUGGGAAAAUUCUCGAUACAUUCGCAAAUCAGUUUAUUGACGUUGAGGAAGCGGUUCGUAGAGGAAUUGUCGAUGCUUUUAUCACUGAAUGCGAAGAUACAAAAGCGGGUUCCUUCCUCUCGCUGGAUGAUGCUUUAACUGUAAAAUUGAUCGUUCCGCUAACGGGCAGAUUACGUGAUACAAAAGCCGGUAGUCUACUUCCUCUAAAUAAGGCCCUUAAUCACGGUUUGAUAAUUACUACACCGUUCUGUCCAUCUUUAAUCGAUGCAAUUAUUCAAGAAUACUAUUCACCGAAAACCGGACUUAUCUUAAAUCCGGCUACAGGUGACGAGGUAACGGUUGCAAAAGCAUUGGCAAUUGGAUUUGUCGAUGGGAGAAUGAUAAAAAUAAAAGAUGAAAAACAAGAUAGGGCUGUUUCGAUACAAGAAGCGCAGGAAUUGGGUUUAUUGGAUUUGAAAAAAGGAGUAUUGACCUAUCCUCAUUUAAUGACGUUGGACGUGGCUUUUGAGAAGGGUUUUAUUUUAAGUACAGUGAAACCUUGGACAUUGCAAGAAGCGUUAGCGCAUCAGUGUUAUGAUCAAAAAACAGGGAAAUUAAUAAUUGACGGUGAUCGUUUUACAUUGGAGGAAGCAAUUGCAAAGGGUGUUAUUAGUCAGGAUAGUCCGUCGAUAAAAGAUCCAAGGACAGGUGAUAUAAUAUCGUUGGGCGAUGCCAUUAAGCAUGGUGUUAUUGAUCCAAAAAGUGGAACAGCUAUGGAUCCAAUUUCCGGUAUUCCAUUCAGUUUAACAGAGGCAUUGGAUCGAGGACUUGUUGUGCCGGCAAAGAGGAAAAUCUCCUUACCCGAGGCUGUAUUUAAAGGAUUCUACGAUCCAAAAACAGGACAAUUUACCAUUCCGGAAACGCAGGAGAAACUUCCCACCGAUCGAGCGAUACAAAAAGGUGUUCUCGAUCCAGCGUCAGCAAUUGUACGCGAUGGUGACGGUGAAGUAAUAACAUUCCGCAAAGCAAUUAAAUCGUUAAUUGUCGAUCCAAAAGCAGGAACUAUUACAAAUAGUCGGGGGUUGGCGAUUGAUUUUCACGAGGCUUUUGAGCAGGGAAUUCUUCUAGAGACAAGAAGACCAAUGAGUUUCAGCGAAGCGAUUUUUAAGGGAAUUUUGGAUGAAAAAACGGGUACUUUUCUUGAUCCACAAACUGGACGUUAUUUAACGUUAUUGGAAACAAUUGAAAAUAAAUUAAUUGACGCCGAUUCGGUGAUUGUGAAAGAUACACGAGCGGAAGAGUGGAGGAAGAUUACUUUGGUGGAGGCAAUUGAAACGGGUUAUAUUGAUGGUAAAAGUGGAAGAGUUAAAGAUUCACAGGGUAGGGAGAUAAGUUUAAGUGAAGCUUACGAUACUGGUAUUAUUAUUGAUAAAAAAGCAGCUGUUUCAUUGCAAAAAGCAAUUCAUCAAGGAUUAUAUGAUGAGAAAAUGGGUAAGAUCAUUGAUCCAAGUACAGGAAGGAGUGUGACGCUUCAUGAGGCAAUGAGAAAAUGUAUUAUAAAUCCAGUACUCGCUUGUUAUUGGGAUAAGAGAACAGAACGUGUUUUAUCGUUAGCCGAAACAUGUAGAGCCGGUGUUAUUGAUCGUCACGCUGGUACUUUUAAAGAUCCAAUAACUAAUAAAACAGUUUCGUUGACAAAUGCCCUGCAAUUGGGUCUUAUUAUCGAUAUCGAAAAUACGGGUUUCAGUUUGUAUGAUGCACUUUUGAUGAAUAUGUACGAUUCCACGAGUGGAAGAUUUAUACAUCCGGCGAGUAAUAAAAAAUUACUUUUGUCCGAAGCUUGUCAGGAGAUGAUUAAUCCACUGAGGUCGAUUGUGAAGAAUUCGAAAACUGAUCAAUAUAUUCCGUUGGUUGAGGCAAUUGCUAUGGGUCUAGUGGAUAAUAUUCGUGGAACUUAUAAUGUACCGGAUUCAUCGGUGAUUAUAAAUCUUCAAGAGGCGAGGAGGAGAGGUUUAAUUGUACCUUACGUGAAACCAUUGACAAUUGAGGAAGCAAUUAAGUGUCAGAUUUAUUCAGCUGGUAAAUUUAUUGAUCCAAUUACUAAUGAUUCGUAUAAUUUGUCCGAAGCUAUUGAGAAGGGUUUAAUUGAUUCUGAAACAACGGCAUUGAAAGACGCCAAUACUGGACAGUUAAAAUCCAUCUUGACUGGAAUUCAAGAUGGUACGAUUGAUAUUUUACAAAGUAGUGUUCUUGAUCCAAAAACAAAACGUAUGUAUAAUUAUGAAAUUGCUCUUGAACGUGGAUUAUUGGUGACUGUUGAACCGACAAUUCAUGUAGAUUUGCCAAAAAUUGACAGGGAGAGUAUUAAAGAAUGUACACUUGAUGAGGCGAUUUGUUAUGAAUUAAUUGAUCCUAAAAAUUCGGUGGUGAAAGAUCCGAGAAAUGGAAGAUUUAUCAGUGUCAGUGGAGCGUUAGCUGAGAAUGUUAUUGAUUCGUCAAAGAAAGGUUGUUUUGAAUCACAAAUGAAAAUACGUCCCCAGUGUGUGAAAUUUGAGAAUUUUGUCGUCUAUCAUGAGAAACCGAUGUCAUUUGAAAUGGCCGUUGAGGAGGGUCAUUUGAUUCUUGAAACUGGUAAAUUUACUGAUCCAAAAACAAUGAGUACACUCACACUGAAGGAGGCUGUCACUCAUGGUGCAAUUGAUCCUGAUUCUGCUUUAAUUAAAGAUACGGAGAAGAAAAAAUUGGUUAAACUCGCUGAAGCUUUCCGUCGUGGAAUGAUGGACGCUGAGAAGGGUAAUGUUUUGGAUACUGAAUCGUCGAGAUUGUAUACAUUGUCAAAAGCAGUUGAUUUAGGUUUAUUGGCAACGGAAAAACAGGGAAUUUCUUUUAUUGAAGCUUUACAAUAUGGUCUUUACGAUCAGACGAGUGGUAGUUUUCAUGAUCCUUUUGCAAUCACUUCUUCAGUUGAUGGUAAACGUUCUUUAACAUUACUUGAGGCAAUAGAUUCAGGUUUAAUUGAUCCCAGUACAACGGUGAUUAAAGAUCCUGUUAGUGGUGAUAUUUUGAGUUUAUUGGAGGCAAUUAAUGAGGGAAAAGUUGAUCCGACAAUGGGAAAGAUUUUAGAUAAUUCAAAUAGCAAAGGUUUGGAUUUCAUCAAGGCAUUGGAACAUGGAUUUAUUCUCGCAGCAGAAGCUCGGCAAGCCGUUGAGGAGAAAUACAAAUUGUGCGAUGAACAACUUACAAAAUUACUUCAAUGGAUCACCGAUGUCGAGGACAAAUUGGCCAAUCAGGAUGUUGUCAAGGAGGAUAUUGAGGAUCUUAGAAAUCAAAUUAAUAUCAUGAAGCAAAUAAAGGAAGAUUUGGAUGCACACACUCGCUCCAUAUCAUCUUGUUUGGACCAAGUGAGACAAGUGGUUCUAACCGGAAGUGAUGUUCUUUCAAGUGAUGAGAUUUCGACAUUGGAAAAGAAUGGUCGCUCACUUAAAACUCGAUUCGAUCGUGCUUUCGAUCGUACCGAUCGUUUGCUGAGACGUCUCACUGUCGCUCGUGACGAACUAACGAAAUUCAAGAACGAAGUGUCAUCAUUUUCAAUUUGGUUGGACAAGGCACGUCGUGUUCUCGAGGAAAAAGAAAGAUCACUCGCUGAUUUGGAUAAAUUAACAAGCAGCACAGAUACAACACGUGAUUUUAUAAGCGAUGUUAUUGCACAUCAAGCCGAUUUACGAUUUAUUACAAUGGCAGCACAAAAAUUUGUUGACGAAAGUAAAGAGCAUUUACAAAUUUUAAAUGAUUUUCGAACAAGUCUACCGCAACGUUUACCCCAUAAAGAGCCAAUUUCUAGUCAAGAUUCACCUGUACGCAGUGAAGUGUCAAUUGUCACUGCACAAUAUAAAGAUUUAUUGGCGCGUGCCAAUAAUUUAUCGGAUAAAUUAUCGGGCGUUGGUGGACGACAACGUGACUAUAAUGAUUCAUUGGAAAAGGCAAGAGCAUGGUUACGUGACGUUGAACCAAAAGUACAUCGUAUUAUUGCCGAGCCAAUAUCUGGUGAACCAAAACAAGUGGAAGAUCAAUUGAGUAAGGCGAAAGCAUUGAAUAAUGAAUUAUUGGCAAAUGAACGUUUAGUGGAGAAUGCCAAAGCAAGUGUUGAUGCACUUUUACGUUCUUUGGAGGGACAAUUGACGCCACUUGAAGUUCGUCAUUUGGAGGAGCCAGUUAGGGAAGUUGAGGAUAAAUAUCGUCAAUUGAGUAAUGCAUUGGCCGAUAAAUGUCAGGAACUUGAAACUGCAUUGGUCAAGAGUCAAGGUGUACAGGAUGCAUUGGAUAGUUUGGUCUCGUGGCUCAACAAUGUCGAGAGUCAAUUCAAAAAUCUUCAACGACCAGCGAGUUUAUUGAAGGAACGCCUCGAGGAACAACAAAGCGAACAACGUGUCUUUCAAGCUGAUUUGGACAAUCAUCGCGCAAGCGUUGAGGCAAUAACAUCAAGUGCACAAGAUCUUUUAUUAAAUUCAAGUAAUGCACGUGUCGCUAAACGAACUGAAGCAAAAUUAAAAGACGUUCAAAGUCGUUUUGAAAAACUCAUGGAAAAAUCACUUCGUCGCGGUGAAUUUCUCGAUGAAAUUUCACAAGCACUACAUGAAUUCCUCACUGAAAGUGCAAAAUUCGAUACAUGGUAUUCGCAUAUGAUUGAAUUAUUAGAGUCGCGCGAUAUCACGAAACUUGAAAUUUCUGAACAUGAAAGUAAAAUGGCACAAUUGGCCGAUAAACGUGAGGAUCAACGUGGUAAUUUUGAGGAUUUAAUACGCAAUGGAAAGAAUCUUGUUUCAAAGAAAGAUAUUACUGAUGCAUCGGGAAUAAGGGAUAAAAUUAAAGCACUUGAAUCACAAUGGAAGGAAUUGAGUAAUUUAUUGGAUGAGAAACAACGUUUAAGUAAAUCACGCGCUGAACGUCUUUAUGCUUAUGAAAAAUUACGUGAUCAAGUUAUUGAUUGGUUGAAUCGUACUGAAAAUCGUGUUCAACGUUUACAUCCAGUUGCCGUUGAUCUUGAAAUUUUGAAGAAACAAAUUGAGGAUUUGAAACCAAUACAAAAGGAAUAUCGCGAUUAUGGAAAUACUGUUGAUAAAGUAAAUGAUCUUGGAAUUGCUUAUGAUAGUUUGUUAAAGGAACGUGGUGACAGUCCAACUAGACGACGAGGUAGUUCGAGUCCUACGAAACGUCCAAAUAUCACGAGUCCACUACGCCGAAUGUCACAAGAUGGUCGUUCACCUUCCCCCACUAAGUCAUAUGCAGUUCAAAGUCCGGUGUCUCCAGGUGGUAGCAGUGGAUUUAGCAGUCGACGAUCAAGCCAGGAUGGUUUCCAUUUGGAGGAAUUGUCACUGGUUCAACAACAAUUGUCGGAGAUUAAUAAUCGCUAUGGUUUAUUGGGCGUGAGACUCACUGAUCGACAAACUGAGCUUGACAAUAUUCGCGAGGAACUUCGCAAACAUCUUGAUAAUCUCAAAACUCUAUCACAAUUCCUUGAUAAGGUUCAACGACAAUUGCCAAAGGAAACAAUUCCAGCAACAAAGGAAGAAGCCGACAAAAUGGUAAAACAAAUAAAGCUAAUCGUUGAGGAAAUGUACGAGAAACAAUCGCUAUUGGACAGUACAAGAACACAGGUUCGCGAUUUAGUGAGACGCAAAAAGGGUGCCGAUGGUGCCGAUCGUCUAAAUGAUGAACUAGAAGACGUAUCAAGCCGCUGGAAAUCAAUUUCCGAUCGUUGUAAAGAUCGAAUUAAAUUUCUCGAAGAUAUGAAACAAUUUCACGAUACAUACGAGGCACUUAAUUCGUGGUUGGGCGUAAAGGAAAAAAUGUUGGGCGCCCUUGGACCAAUAUCAUCUGAUCCACGAAUGGUUGCAAGUCAAGUGCAACAGGUACAAGUUUUACGUGAAGAAUUCCGUACACAACAACCACAGCUCGAUCAUUUGAUACAAGUUGGCGAGAGUAUAAUUGCAAGAAUAUCACCCGAUUCAAUUGAUGGUCAAAAAAUAAGUCACAAAUUACAAAAUAUAUUGCAACGUUGGUCGGAUCAAUUGAGUCGUCUCGAUGAACGUGCACAAAGUUUAGGCGAUGCCGUUGAUACGAGUCGUGAAUUUGACGCGAGUCUCAAUCGUUUACGCGAUGCACUACAGGCAAUAUCGGAUAAUCUUGAUGAUUUGCCAUUGGAUAAAGAUCCUGAGGAGCAAUUGCGUAAAAUUGAAAAUCUCGAACGACAACUAGAGGGACAACGACCAUUGUUGGCUGACGCUGAAGCGGCAGGUGCACAAUUAUGCGAAGUACUCAGUGAUCCUGCAUCGCGUUCUGAAAUACAAGGAAAACUUGCGUCCGUGGAGAAAUUGUACAAUAAUUUACAAAAGAAAUUGGAUCAUCGUAAAGCGGAAAUUGAGGGUAAUCUUCGCGAUGGACGUCAAUUUGAGGCGUCGUGCAGUAAAACACUUGGUUGGCUUGCUGAUGAACUUGGCAAUAUGUCGGAGAAAUUACUUGUCUCGGCUGAUCGUGAAAUAUUGCAACAACAACUCGAUCAUCAUGAACCGGUUUAUCGAAAUGUAAUGGGCAAAGAGCAUGAGGUGAUAAUGCUUUUGAAUAAGGGACGUGAUAUACUUGCAAGAUCACAAAAAACUGAGAAUCGUUCAUUGCAACGCGAUUUAGAUAAAAUGCAAUCGCAAUGGGAUCGUUUGAAGAAGGACACUGUGGAGCGUCACACGAGACUACAAACGUGCGCUGAACAUUGUAAGAAAUAUUAUCGUGCACAGGACAUGUUUUUACCGUGGUUGCGUCAGGCUGAGGAUAAAUUGGAAAGUUUGAAACCAGCAUCAUUUAAACGUAAGGAUAUUGAGAAACAAUUGAAGGAAUUGUCAUCAUUUAGAAAUGAGGUUUGGAAACGUUCGGGUGAAUUUGAAAAUAAUAAAACACUUGGCGAGACAUUUGUUUGCGCCUGUGAUAUUGAUAAGGAUGUGGUGAAAAAUGAAUUGAGCGCAAUGAAAACAAGAUGGGAUAAAUUGAAUAAUGAUCUUUUGGAGAGGACACAAUCUUUGGAGGAUACGGCGAGACAUUUGUCUGAUUUCAAUGAAAAUCUACGUGAUUUACAGCACAGUUUGCAGAGAUGUGAGGAUAAACUUGCUUCACAUGAUGCGCUCGGUGGAGCGGCUAAAGAUCCGAAACUACUCGAUAGAAUAAAGAAUUUGAGAGAAGAAACCGUGAGUUUGAAGAAACCUCUACAAGCUGUUCGAUUACAGGCAAAUGAUCUCGUUAAAGAAGCCGGUGAACAAGGAAUAGACGCCACACAUUUACAAGACGAAGUUGACAAUAUAUCCGAUCGAAUUGAUGAUUUACAGGCAAAAUUAGACGACAGAUGCAAUGAAUUACAAAGUGCAGCAACAGCAGUAGCACAAUUUACCGAUCAUUUGAAGGGCAUAAGUCAAGAAUUAGCGAAUCUCGAAAAAGAACUCGAUUCAAUGAAAGCUCCAGGACGUGAUAUUAAAACAGUACGCGGACAAGUUGAAGAGAUAAAUCGUGUUAUACACAAAAUCAAUAGACUCAAUGAUGAGAUUAUUAAUCUUGUUAGUUCAAGUGAAAAUCUCGUUGAUUUAGGUUUUGCCGCUGAUGCCGUGGCAACACGCGAUCAAGUUGAAUCAUUGAAGAGACAAUUGGGAAAAUUGGAUGAUCGUGCACGUAAUCGUGAGGAAGAAUUAAUUGAUACUUUAAAUAAAUUACAACAAUUUUAUCAUGUACAUGCCGAUAUAAUGGAUGAUAUUAAUGAUGCUCAUGAUCAGGUGAAAAAAUUCCGUCCUGUUGGUUCGGAGGUUGAUUCAAUACGUGUACAGCAGGAUGAUUUUAGAUCGUUGAAAUUGCAUAAAAUUGAACCAAUUGCAAGAGCUGUUGAUGAGUGUAAUAUUCUUGGGCAGACGUUGAUACAGACGGCUGGUAGGGAUGUUAGUACGAGUAAUAUUGAAAAGGAUUUGGAUCGUAUGAAUGAGCGUUGGAAUGAUUUAAAGGAGAAAUUGAAUGAUAGAGAUAGAAAAUUGGAUGUUGGUUUAUUGCAAUCGGGUAAAUUCCAAGAUGCUCUUGAUGGAUUGGAGAAAUGGUUGACGGACACUGAGGAAAUGGUUGCUAAUCAAAAGCCACCUUCUUCGGAUUAUAAGGUAGUGAAGGCGCAACUACAGGAACAGAAAUUUUUGCGUAAAAUGUUAUUGGAUCGACAGAAUUCAAUGUCAUCGUUGUAUACAAUGGGACAGGAGGUAGCAGCCGGUGGUGAUCCAAAGGAACGGAAAAAUAUUGAAAAACAAUUGACUAAUUUAAUGGGAAGAUUCGAUAGAUUGACAGAGGGUGCGGCUGAUCGUAUGGAAGCACUUGAGCAAGCAAUGGCUGUGGCUAAAGAAUUUCAGGAUAAACUUGUGCCACUUGCUAUUUGGUUGGAGAGAACUGAGAAGAAAAUUAAGGAUAUGGAACUAGUGCCAACUGAUGAGGAGAAAAUACAGCAGAGAGUCGCUGAACAUGAUUUGUUACAUGAUGAUAUUUUAUCGAAAAAAUUGGGAUUCAGUGAACUUACGGAAAUUGCGAGUCAAUUGAUGAGUUUGGUGGGUGAUGAUGAGGCAUCGGCACUUGCGGAUAAAUUACAAGAUGUUGCUGAUCGUUACGCGGCAUUGGUGGAACGUUCCGAGGCACUUGGUAAUUUAUUGCAGAAUUCAAAACAAGGUUUGAGACAUUUAGUGUUGACUUAUCAGGAUUUGCAAGCGUGGAUGGACAGUAUGGAGAAACGUUUGUCGAGAUAUCGUGUUUUGGCAGUGCAUACGGAGAAAUUAUUACAACAAAUGGAGGAUCUUGCGGAUCUUACUGAGGAGGUGUCGUGUCGUCAGAAUGAAGUUGAGAGUACAACACAAUCGGGACUUGAAUUAAUGAAACAUAUCUCGAGUGAUGAGGCACUUCAACUAAAGGAUAAAUUGGAUUCACUACAGAGGCGUUAUAAUGAUUUAAUAACAAGGGGUUCGGAUUUAUUGAAACAUGCGCAAGAAGCCCUGCCACUUGUUCAACAAUUUCAUGAUAAUCAUAAUCGUCUUAUGGAUUGGAUGCAGGGAGCUGAGGCGGCACUACAAUCGGCUGAGCCACGUGAGGAUGAAAUAAUACGUUUGGAAAUGGAAAUUUCGGAAUAUCGACCCGUAUUGGAUAAGAUUAAUGCUGUUGGUCCGCAAUUAUGUCAAAUAUCGCCUGGUGAAGGUGCGGCGACAAUUGAGGGAUUGGUCACGAGGGAUAAUAGAAGAUUUGACGCAAUAACAGAGCAAAUACAGAGGAAAGCGGAGAGAAUACAAAUUAGUAAGCAGAGAUCAAUUGAGGUGAUUGGCGAUAUUGAUGAAUUAUUGGAUUGGUUCCGUGAGGUUGACAAUCAAUUGAGAGAAGCUGAACCACCAAGUAGUGAGCCGGAGAUUAUAAGAGUGCAAUUGAAGGAGCAUAAGGCGUUGAAUGAUGAUAUUUCGAGUCAAAAGGGACGUGUACGCGAUGUGAUAUCAACAGCGAAGAAAGUUAUUCGUGAGAAUGCGCAACAUGAGGAUACAUCGACAAUUAGAGAUAAAAUGGAGGAUCUUAGGGAGAUUAUGGAAAUUGUUUCGACAUUGUCGGCUGAUAGAUUGGGAGCAUUGGAGCAGGCGUUACCACUUGCUGAACAUUUGAGGGAUACGCAUCUUGGUCUUAUUAGUUGGUUGGAGGAGGCUGAGCAACAGGUGGCAAUGUUACCAAUGCCGGCGUUGAGACCCGAUCUUAUUGCCAUGCAACAGGAUAAAAAUGAACUGUUGUUGCAGAGUAUCAAUGAGCAUAAGCCACUUGUGGAGAAAUUGAAUAAAACUGGUGAGGCGUUGAUUAAAUUGAUUAACGAUGAGGAAGGCGCAAAGGUACAGGAUAUUCUUGAUGCUGAUAAUGCUCGUUAUGCGGCAUUGCGCGCUGAACUUCGUGCACGUCAACAGGUUCUUGAGCAAGCUCUUCAGGAGUCGUCGCAAUUUUCUGAUAAACUUGAGGGUAUGUUGCGUGCACUAACAUCGACGGCUGAUCAGGUGAAUGGCGCUGAGCCAAUUAGUGCACAUCCACCAAGAUUACGCGAUCAAAUGGAAGAGAAUGCGGCACUUGCCGAUGAUCUUGCACAAAGAUCUGAGGCAUUUGCUGCGGUGAAAAAAGCGGCCAAUGAUGUUAUCAAUAAGGCGGGAAAUCGUGCCGAUCCAGCUGUCAAGGAUAUUAAACGAAAAUUGGAAAAAUUAAAUAAAUUGUGGGGCGAUGUGCAAAAAGCGACAAUUGAUCGUGGACAAACGUUGGACGAUACUUUGGCGGUUGCUGAACGUUUUUGGUCGGAAUUAAAUGGAGUUAUGUCAACGUUGCAAGAACUUCAGGAUGCUUUGGCUGGACAAGCACCGCCAGCUGCACAACCGGCGGCAAUUCAACAGCAACAAGUUGCUUUGCAGGAGAUACGUCAGGAAAUUGAUCAGACGAAACCCGAUGUUGAACAAGUGAGACAAUCGGGUCAUGAAUUGAUGGGAUUGUGCGGUGAGCCUGAUAAACCAGAAGUUCGUAAACAUAUUGAGGAUUUGGAUCAGGCUUGGGAUAAUGUUACGGCAUUGUAUGCACGUCGUGAGGAGAAUUUAAUUGAUGCCAUGGAAAAAGCAAUGGAAUUUCAUGAGACGUUGCAUGAUCUUUUGGAAUUUUUGGAAGAGGCCGAAAAGAAAUUCUCACGAAUGGGACCACUUGGCAGUGAUAUUGAUGAGGUGAAAAAACAAAUUAGACAAUUGGCCAAUUUCAAGGCGGAAGUCGAUCCUCAUAUGGUGAAGGUCGAAGCUCUCAACAGGAGUCUGACAAGGCAAGCAGCUGAACUCACUGAGAGAACAUCAUCGGAGCAAGCGGCAGCAAUUAAAGAACCAUUGGGUGCAGUUAAUCGACGCUGGGAUGCAUUACUACGGGGUGUUGUCGAAAGACAGAGACUUCUUGAAAAUGCUCUCCUACGUCUUGGACAAUUCCAACAUGCACUCGAUGAACUUCUUGUUUGGAUCGAUAACACCGAUCGUACACUCGAUGAAUUAAAACCAGUUGCCGGUGAUCCGCAGGUUAUUGAAGUUGAGCUGGCGAAAUUGAAAGUUUUAGUCAAUGAUAUACAAGCACAUCAGACAAGUGUUGAUACGCUAAAUGACGCGGGAAGACAAUUAAUUGAGGAUGGCAAAGGAACAGCGGAGGCUUCAACAACAGCGGAAAAAUUAGGAACACUAAAUCGUCGUUGGCGUGAUUUAUUACAACGUGCCGCGGAUCGACAACGUGAACUCGAAGAUGCAUUACGUGAAGCACAAUCAUUUACUGCUGAAAUUCAAGAUUUAUUAUCGUGGCUUGGCGACGUUGAUAAUAUGAUAGUAGCAUCAAAACCAGUUGGUGGUCUACCUGAAACUGCAUCCGAACAACUCGAACGUUUUAUGGAAGUUUACAAUGAACUCGAACAAAAUAGACCAAAAGUCGAGACUGUCCUACAACAGGGACAAGAAUAUUUAAAACGUGCCGGAGCGUCAAGCGCCGGUGGAUUGAAUCACAAUCUCCGAACAUUGAAACAACGAUGGGAUAAUGUGACAGCGAGAGCGAGUGAUAAGAAAAUUAAAUUGGAAAUUGCUCUCAAAGAAGCUACCGAAUUUCACGAUGCGUUACAAGCAUUUGUCGAUUGGUUAACAAACGCUGAGAAGAUUUUAACAAAUCUAAAACCAGUUUCACGUGUCAUGGAAACAAUUCUCGGACAAAUUGAAGAACAUAAAGCAUUUCAAAAAGACGUUGGUGUUCAUCGUGAAACAAUGUUGAAUCUCGAUAAAAAAGGAACACAUUUGAAAUAUUUCUCACAAAAACAAGAUGUGAUAUUGAUUAAAAAUCUAUUAAUUAGCGUACAACAUCGAUGGGAACGUGUUGUAUCGAAAUCGGCUGAAAGAACAAGAGCUUUAGAUCAUGGCUAUAAAGAGGCAAGAGAAUUCCAUGAUGCAUGGUCAAAUUUAAUGAAUUGGUUAGAGGACACUGAGAGAACAUUGGAUGAAGUUGCUGCCGAUGGUCUUGGUGGUAAUGAUCCUGAGAAAAUUAAAUUCCGUUUACAAAAACAUCGUGAAAUACAAAAAGCACUAAGUGCAAAACAAGGAAAUUAUGAUACAACAAUGAAAAAUGGUAAAAUACUUAAGGAUAAAGCACCAAAAUCUGAUGAGGCAGCACUUCGUGAAUUACUCAAUGAACUCAAGAAUAAAUGGACAAUUGUUUGUGGUAAAUGCGUUGAUAGACAACGUAAAUUGGAAGAAGCACUAUUAUUCUCUGGUCAAUUUAAGGAUGCAAUUCAAGCACUACUUGAUUGGUUACAAAAAACUGAGAAACAAUUAUCAAAUACGGGUAAUCUUCAUGGUGAUUUGGACACUGUGACAAAUCUUGUUGAACAACAUAAGAAUUUCGAGAGAGAUCUUGAAUCGCGUUCAUCGCAAAUGGAUUCGGUGACAAAAACUGGACGUGAAUUGGAAUCGAAAGCAACAUUGGAGGAUGCAUCAACGAUUAGACAACAACUAUCGGAACUUCAUAGUUUAUGGAAUACGGUGACGCGUUUGUCGUCAAAUAAAUCUGAUCGUUUAGAAGAGGCAUUACGUGAUGCUGAACGUUUACAUAAGGCGGUACAUGUACUUCUUGAAUGGUUGAGCGACGCUGAAAUGAAAUUGAGAUUUGCUGGUCAAUUGCCGGAGGACGAACAAGAGAGUCGUAAUCAACUUAUGGAACAUGAGAAAUUCCUCAGGGAAUUGCAAUCGAAGGAAAUUGAAAAGGAUAAUACAUUGGAUUUGGCGAAAUCUAUUUUUGCUAAAGCACAUCCUGAUGGAGCUGCUGUUAUUAAACAUUGGAUAACUAUUAUUCAAUCAAGAUGGGAGGAAGUUUCCACUUGGGCUUUGCAGAGAAAUCAACGACUCGAGGAACACAUGCGAGGACUUCAGGACCUUGAUAAUCUUUUGGAAGAAUUAUUGGCUUGGCUCGAAGGUUUGGAGAAUACUUUAAUAACAUUGGAAGCUGAACCAUUGCCAGAUGAUCGUCCAACAUUGGAGAUGUUGAUUGCCGAUCAUCGUGAAUUUAUGGAAAAUACAAGUCGAAGACAAAAUGAAGUUGAUCGUGUCUGUAAAGCACGACAAAUGAAACCAAUCACCAAGGACGGUCGCAAAAUGUCCAAAUCAAAAACAUCGCUUGUCAGUAAGGACCAUUCUCAAGAUUAUGAUCAUGAUCAUCAACCACUUCGUCGGCAAAGCUUCAAAGGAAGUCGAGAUCUGUCGCAGACGAUGCAGCGUGGAAGCCGUGCCAGCCCAGGUCGCGAGAGAACACCAGAUCCUUCAUUGCCACAUAUUGGUCCACGAUUCCCACCGAAAGGAAGCAAAGGAGCUGAGCCAGAAUUCAGAAAUCCAAGAGUCAAGCUUCUGUGGGACAGAUGGCGAAAUGUUUGGUUCCUGGCAUGGGAACGUCAACGUCGUCUUCAGGAUAAAUUAAACUACAUCGAUGAAUUGGAACGUGUCGCUAACUUCAGCUGGGAAGAUUGGAGAAAGAGAUUCCUCAAAUUCAUGAAUCACAAGAAAUCACGUUUGACGGAUCUUUUCCGAAAAAUGGAUAAGAACAACGAUGGCCUCAUUCCACGUGACGAUUUUAUUCAAGGAAUUAUGAACACCAAAUUCGAUACAUCACGAUUAGAAAUGGGAGCUGUUGCUGAUCUAUUCGAUCGUCAUGGUGAAGGUUUAAUCGAUUGGAAAGAAUUUAUUGCAGCAUUGAGACCAGAUUGGGAAGAAAGAAGAACAUAUAAUGACACUGACAAAAUUCACGAUGAAGUUAAACGAUUGGUUAUGCUGUGCACGUGUCGACAGAAAUUCCGUGUUUUCCAAGUCGGAGAAGGAAAGUACAGAUUUGGCGACAGUCAAAAACUUCGUUUGGUCAGAAUUCUACGAUCGACCGUGAUGGUUCGCGUUGGAGGCGGAUGGGUCGCUUUAGAUGAAUUCCUCCUGAAAAAUGAUCCUUGCCGAGUUUUUCUAAUGCCAAUACCAGAUCCUAAUAAACCGGAGCAACACGAAGGCUGGUGUCCGCUUGCCAAGGGAAGAACAAAUAUUGAGCUGAGGGAAAACUUCAUAUUGGCGGAUGGUGUUAGCCAGUCUAUGACAGCGUUCAGAUCCAAACCAAGUCCCACUUCAACUCUGCAGCGCACGCAAAUGUCCUCUGCUGGACCAAUCACCAAGGUGAGAGAAAGAAGUGCUCGAAGCGUGCCGAUGGGAACGACAAGAGCUUCGCGAACAUCUCUAAGUGCAGGAACACCGGAUAGUCUCAGUGACAAUGAAACAUCUUUCAAAACUCCUGUGAGAAAGACAAGUACGUCGUAUAGAAGUACAUUAACUCCAGGUGGAAGUCGUCCAUCAAGCCGACCAGCUUCGAGACCGGCUUCAAGACCUGCGAGUCGACCUGGUAGCAGACCUGCUUCCAGACAGGGUAGUCGAUAUGGUUCGUCACAAUCUCUAGACAGCACUGACGAUUCUGCAACUCCAAGCCGUAUUCCGAGAAGAACAGUGGGAACGACUGGAAAUACACCAACAUCAAGCAGACACAACAGCAUUUCGGGCAAGAAGUUGGGAACACCGAUGAACGGUUCCAGUUCCCGGCCCCGUACUCCGACAGGUCUAAUUAGUCCUGCAAGCGGAUCAGCUUCAAGGUUUAGCUCGAUUCAUCGAGCCUCGAGUAUACCAACCCUGUCUGGUGUCGGAACACCAAUUAGCCGCUCUAGGAUUCCUGUCUAUGUUGGACCGGAAAUAAAAUCCCCUCAAUCUACGACCAGCAAUAUUUCAACUCAUUCAACUCAAAGCAAUCAUUCUACAAUUUCUACUGAUUCCAAUGGGAGCAACUCUGCCCGCACGAGUUCGGCAACUAAUAUUCCAUUGGCUAUCAAAAGCAAUAGAACAAAAACAUCGUCCAGUGGAACGAGUACGCCUCUACCUCCGUCAUCAAAAUUAUCAAGGAGACCGUCCGGUGCAUCAGACAUACCAUUAUCAACGCCUAUUUCACGAAAAGGAAAGCCAACACCAAUUGAACAGAGACAACCCUUUAGAUUAUAACCAAUUAUUAACGACAAAAAAAAAUAAAAAAUAAUAAUAUAUAAUAAAUCCUUGCGGAUGCUCGAAAAAUGAAAAAAAAAAGAAGAGGGAGAAGAUAGUCACGCUUUUGAAUAACUGUACAGUCGAUAAGAAUUUUUAGAUAUAUAAUCUUUAACGAAUAACACUUUUAAAAAAAAGAAAGAAGAGGAAACAAAUCGAAGAUUAAAAAGCAUAAUCGGUAAUAUAAACGUCAGAUUUUCUAUCGGUAUGCGACUAACGUUUUCUGUAAACGCUCGUCGCAUCGUUGUUACACUCGUAUUCCCCAAUUAUUAAGAAAAUUCCCUCGCUUUUUUCCCCUCCCUAUAUAGAAAAAUAAAGUGAGUUCUACGUUGUAUGUAAAACUUAAGAAUGAGAUACAAUUAUUUAUAUAUAUGUGUAUAAAAAAAAAAUACAGCGGGGGAAUAAUUUAUCAAGAGUAAUAUUUAUAAGAAUCUCGUUAAUUCCACUGAAGAGUUUUUUUUUGAACUCUCAAUUUGGUGGAGGAUAAUAUUGUUGUAAAAAAAAAGAAAAGAUUAUGAAAAGCAGUCACUGCGCGUGCUUAAAGCGUAUUAUUAUUAUUAUUAUUAUUUAUUCUAGAAAAAUCGAGCUCUGGCUCGUAAUUUAUAUAUAUAUAUUUUUUUUUAUUUCUUUGCCAAUAUUCGCAAUUUUUCACGAAAAUUUGGCGUUUAAUACUUUUUUUUUAAAAACUGAAAUUCCUUCUGUAUAAUAAAUAUAUAUUUAUAUAUAUUUUUUUCAAUGAUAAAAGACAUCUGCGAUUAACAAAAGCAGGCGAGAUUUGAAAAUGUUUCGUUGGGUAAUUAUCGUCAAGUCAAUUUCGGGGGUAAUAACAUCAAAAAAAAAAUGACAUUGACUUUACGAUUAGAACUUUACGAAAUUUUGAACUCGCUUUGUUUUUUUAUUUUAAUUAAAAAAACCGAUUUAACAAUAUUAAUUCGUUCGAUCGCCGAAAAGGAUUAACGAUUAAUAUCGAUAAGUUUUUAGGCUGCCUAGAUUUACUCAUUUUUAUAAACUGUAAUAUUAUUAAUGCUAGUGAACGUAAGUGUUUAUACUAUAUUUACAUAUUUAUAGAAUAUUAUUUAAUGCCAUCGUUUUUUUCCGCCGCUCCUCUCAUUCCUUGGACGAGAAAUUUGAAAAUACUAUAUACAUUUUUCUUCUCUUUUCUGUUUUGUUAUUUAAGAGAGAGCUUAUUAUGUGCAUUGUUAGAGACAAAUAAACGUCAGAUAAUUCUUUGAGAUAAUUAAUUCUCAAUUCAUCAAAAGUUAAAUAAAAAAAAAAAAUAAAUAAAACGGGGAGCGAAAUUUUGUUCAGAGGUGAGAGAACAUAUUCUGUAAAUAUUGGUUGAUUCUCUUGCCUAAAUUUAUAUAUAUAUAUAUCCCUUGCUUUCUUUAAAAAAAAACAAUUCAUCUGACGUUAAAAUAUUGUAGAUGAAAUUUUUUUAAAAAAAAAAAAAGAAAAUCAAACUUAGUCUUACGUUUCUAACGGCACAAAAAAAACAUGUACCGAUUGUUUUUGUUUGAAAGUUUUUCAUUUUUUUAAUGUCCAUGGAUAGCAUGGAUUUUUUUUUUGCGUUUUAUGAUGAUACAUAUACAAGGCUUUGUUGUAUUAUAAGACCUUAUCCGAUUAACCAUGUGGGUAUCGGAUUAAGUUCACAAAAAGACAUUUCCAUUAUAUUUUUUUUCUUUUUUUUUUAUUUUACAUUAAAAUGCAAUUUCUUGUAACUUGACGGAAAAAGAUUCCGUAUUGUAAUAAUCUAAUGUGAUUAAUGUAUUAACAAAUCUUACACAAUAAUUUUUCUUGUUUUUUUUCGCCUGUCAAAUUCUGUAUCGUCGCUAAUUAAUGCUGUGAAGAAAUAUACAUAUAUAUGUGUAUAUAUGUAUGUGUAUGCAAAUAUAUAUCUAUAUUGACCAAUA